CCCCGUGGGCACUGCAGCCGCCGCCGCCGCCCGCGCGCCCCACGACCGGAACAGUUCCUGCGCGGCGCGGGGCGCACCAUGGCUCGCCGGGCCGCCCUCACGCUGCUGCUGGUCGGCCUGCUCAGCACCCUGGUGCCCGCCUGGGGCCAAGAUUUCGAUUUGUUGGAUGCCCUCGGUGAGGACGACAAGAAGCCCACGGCAACCCCCAAGAGACCCAGCUCUGACGAUGAUGGGUUCAGUCUGGAAGAUGCCAUCGGUGGGGGAGGAAAGACAGACGACCCAGUGCCACCUAAACCACCCAAACCGAAGCCUCAUCCGAACCCCAACCAGCCUGGAUCUUCUGGGGGUUUUUCAGAUUCCGAUCUCAUCGAUGGAGCUUCAGAUGGAGGAGGUGGUGGCGGUGGUGAUGGAGGAAGCCAAAAGCCUGAUGGGGGGGCGCAGGCUGACUCCCCUGGGGUAGUCCCUGGCAUCAUCGGGGCCGUUGUGGUGGCCGUGGCCGGAGCCAUCUCUAGCUUUAUCGCCUACCAGAAGAAAAAGUUGUGCUUCAAAGAAAAUGCCGACCAAGGUGAGGCCAGCACCAAGAACCAGCAGAGUACCAGCGCCGACCAACCAGUUCAGUGGAGUCUUCUGGAAAAGUAGGAGCUUGACUGCAAAUGCAAAUCCUCGACGUUCCCAGCAGGAGGACAAGACUCGCCUGCUGCAUCCUCCCAAGAAACACGUGCACUGGGGUAGCGGUGGCCACGGUGGAAUCCAGCCCCGUCCUGCCCACGCCUGUGCUCACGUUGAGACUCUUUGUUUAGACCUUGAGAUGUGUUGUGCCCAUUUGCACCAUGCUGGGUAGACAAGGGAUACUAACGCCGAGUGUUGCGCCCUGACAGGGGAAUUUUGCUCCCCCUGUCCAUGGCCUUUAAGGGUUUCCCCGUGGGGUGUGAAAGGCCGAUUGUGCAUCACAAAGUCAUUCCAGUACCGACCCCACUGAAGCUUCCCCACCCGGAACUCUGGGCCGUUUACCAAUUAAGAUGUGAGUCAAACAGAACCAGCCCUGGCACUGACCCUCGGAUAUGGUGAGAUAAGCGUUUCAUUAGUGUCCUCCAAAUGUCCUUCAUUGGGUAGUAUUUUUUUUUCACACCAGACUAAUAAAAAAGAAAUUAGAAACCAA